UCAUGACUGAGACGUUGGCGGGCACGUCUUCAGAUAUGUAUGUACGGAGUAAUGUCUCUGGCGCAUUGGAGAGGCGGUCGUCUCGUGAAUAGACUUAGAUCCGUUUCCUUCUCUUGUUCGCCCCUGUUGUUUGCCUCUUUCUCUUUCUCCAUUCUCACAUUCUCAUACCCCAACGCAACACUUGGGUAGUAUAGUCCCAAGUAGGACUGUGAUUGACUGAGCCCCUGGAACUGCCCACUCUCGAACUCAGUCUGUUUCUGUCUCACAUCAUCUUUGCCUCCAGCGUCCUUAACAGCUAUCCCGUCUUGUUGGCGCAUUGAUCCGCCGCCUAAUAACGCCCGAUAUGGCGGUGGGAACUCGCAAGAGGGUCGUCGUUGUCGGCCUGGGCAUGGUUGGCAUCAGCUUCAUAGAGAAACUCUUGAAGCUCGAUGCGAGGACGCGGGAGUACGACAUCACGGUCAUCGGUGAAGAGAAGCAUGUGGCUUACAAUCGCGUUGGCCUCACGACUUUCUUCGAGCACCGCAAGGUCGAGAACCUGUACCUCAGCCCGUUAGAAUGGUACGAGAGCAUCCAAGAUGGCGCCCUGAGCUACCAUCUCAACACAAAGGUCACCAAGAUCGACCCCUCCCGGAAAUCCGUCACCUGCGCGGACGGGAGGGAGGUCGACUAUGACAUCCUCGUCCUCGCCACCGGCUCCGAUGCCAUCCUGCCCCGCGCGGUCCCCAACUACGACGCCACGGGCGUCUUUGUCUACCGCACCGUCGACGACCUCGAAAAGCUCAUCGCCUUCUCCGCCCAUCAGAAUGGCACCGUCGGCGCCGUCGUCGGCGGCGGCCUGCUGGGCCUGGAAGCCGCCAAGGCCCUCACCGACCUGCAGUGCUACAGCAAGGUCAAGGUCAUCGAGCGCGGCAAGUGGCUUCUCACCCGCCAGCUGGACUCGGUAGGCGGCGCCAUGGUGGCCGACCAGGUCCGCGCGCUCGGCGUCGACGUCCUGCUCGACAAGUCCGUCGCCGGGAUCGAGGUCGACGAGCAGCACAGGGUAACGGGGGUCAAGCUCGCAGACGGCGAGUCCUUCGCCUGCUCGACGAUAUGCUUCGCCAUUGGCGUCCGCCCGAGAGACGAGCUCGCCCGCGAGGCCGGGCUCAAGUGCGCCGACCGCGGCGGCAUCAUCGUGGACAGCAGCCUCAGGACCAGCGACCCCGAUAUCUACGCCAUUGGCGAGUGUGCCAACUGGGAGGGGCAGGUUUUCGGGCUGAUUGGCCCCGGCGUCGAGAUGGCGGACGUGCUGUCGUUCAACCUCACGCAGGCCAAGCUCCACCAGCCGAGGUUGUACAAGCAGCCCGACCUUAGCACCAAGCUCAAGCUUUUGGGUGUCGAGGUCGCCAGCUUUGGGGACUACUUUGCCGACGUCGACGGGCCCAAGCUGCUGCCGCCCAAGGCGAGGAGAGCGCUCGCCGCGAAGAGUGCCACAAACGGGGCCAACGGGGCCAACGGGACCAACGGGGCUCAUAGCACCCACGGCGUGAAUGGCACCAAGCCCGACACCUCGUCGAGCCCCGUCAAGGCCCUGACAUACAGGGACCCGUUCCAGAACGUGUACAAGAAGUACAUCUUCACCGCCGAUGGCAAGUACUUGCUCGGCGGUAUGAUGAUCGGCGACACCAGAGAUUAUGUCAAACUCGUGCCCAUGGUCAAGAACCAAAAGGAGCUCGAGAUCCCGCCGGCCGAGCUGAUCAUCGGCGCCAAGAAGGAGGGCGACGACGGCGACGACCUCGACGACGACACGCAGAUCUGCAGCUGUCACAACGUCACCAAGGGCGACAUAGUCAAGGUCACCAAGGACGGCACUUGCAAGUCGAUAGGCGACAUCAAGGCGUGCACCAAGGCCGGCACCGGCUGCGGCGGCUGCCUGCCCCUGGUCACGUCCAUCUUCAACAAAACCAUGAAGGACAUGGGCAACGAGGUCAAGAACAACCUGUGCCCACACUUCAACUACAGCCGCGCCGACCUCUACAACAUCAUCAUGGUCAAGCGGCUCAAGACGAUCCAGGAGGUCAUGAGGGAAGCAGGCACCGACCCCAACAGUCUCGGCUGCGAGGUGUGCAAGCCAUGCCUGGGCAGCAUCUUUGCCAGCCUGUGGAACAAGCACGUCAUGGGCAAGCCGCACCAUGGCCUUCAGGACACAAACGACCAGUUCUUGGCCAACAUUCAGCGCAACGGCACGUACAGCGUCGUGCCCAGGAUGGCCGGUGGCGAGAUCACCCCCGACAAGCUGAUGGCAAUCGCCCAGGUGGCCAAGGAGUACAACCUGUAUACCAAGAUCACGGGCGGCCAGCGCAUCGAUAUGUUUGGCGCCAAGAAGCAGGACCUGCUCGACAUCUGGAAGAAGCUGGUCGCCGCAGGCAUGGAGAGCGGGCACGCCUACGCCAAGGCCCUGAGGACCGUCAAGAGCUGCGUCGGCACCACGUGGUGCAGAUACGGCGUCGGCGACAGCGUCGGUAUGGCGGUGCGUCUAGAGGAGCGGUACAAGAGCAUCCGCGCGCCGCACAAGAUCAAGGGCGGUGUAAGCGGCUGCGUGCGCGAGUGUGCGGAAGCCCAGGGCAAGGACUUUGGCCUCAUUGCGACCGAAAAGGGGUUCAACGUCUUCGUCGGCGGCAACGGUGGCGCAAAGCCCAGGCACGCAGAGCUCCUGGCCAAGGACGUCCCGCCUACCGAAGUGAUCCCGAUCCUGGACCGCUACCUCAUGUUCUACAUCCGCACGGCCGACCGGCUCCAGCGGACGGCCUCGUGGCUGGAAUCGCUGCCGGGGGGCAUCAACUACCUCCGGGACGUGGUGCUCAACGACUCGCUCGGCAUCAAUGCCUCGCUCGAGGCGCAGAUGCAGGAGCUCGUCGACAGCUACUUCGACGAGUGGGCCGAGGCGGUCAACUCGCCCGCCAUCGCCGCCAAGUUCCGGCAGUUUGUCAACACGGACGAGACGGUCGACAACAUGGAGCUCGAGACGGACCGGCACCAGACCCGCCCCGUCAUGUGGACCAAGGAGCAGGCCACCGACGACUUCGCCUCGCUGCGCCACCGCUGGUCCCAGACCACCUGGCAGCCCGUCCUCGAGGCCGCCUACUUCCGCGGCGCCGACGACCUCCCCAACGGCAUCAGCGCCACCAUCAAGCGCGGCGACACCCAGCUGGCCGUCUGGCGCUUCAAGGGCCGCUACUACGCCACCCAGCAGAUGUGCCCCCACAAGCGCGCCUUCAUCCUCUCCGACUCCCUCCUCGGCGAGGACCCCGCCGGCGGCGGCGACGCCGCCUCCGAGGGAGAGGGGAGGCAGCGGCCGGACCCCUACAUCAGCUGCCCGCACCACAAGAAGAACUUCUCGCUCGGCUCCGGUGCCUGCAAGAACGAUAGCGCCCUGUCCAUCGCCACCUUCGACGCCGAGGAGCGCGACGACGGCAUGGUCUACCUCAAACUGCCGCCCGUCCAAGAGCUGGACGCCGCCCUCGGCACCAAGAAGUGGCGGGUCAAGAAGGGGGAGGCCGGGCCGGGCCAGUUCGCCGAGGUCGACAAGCGCAUCGGCUUCGUCGGGCAGAGGGCCAAGAAGCCGGGCGUCAAGACAAUGGUGAACGGCGAGUUGGGAAUGCGAAAGGGGCUGGAGUUGAUGACCGCCGGCGGCGGAUGCGGAGGGGCGCCCGAUUGGUGAACUCGGUUUGUUUUAUCUCAAAGAAGAAAGGAGGAAGAGAGCAGGAACGUUGUUCGGAUUCUACACUUUUUGGUCGUCGGGACGGCAUCAAGCAUGGUUCGGGGCUGGUGGGCGUUUAGGAGUAAACCCACGUUUUUUGCACUUCUGUCGCAUUUUCCCUCCGUAGCACUUCAGAUUCUGUCAAGUUUCCAAGUAUGUCUGACACAGAUAGAUACUGCUGGAAAAAGCCCCCAUGUUAACAGG